AUGACACCAAAACGCGACUACACAGCACAGCGCGGGUUCUUCUCGCACGACGACGAUCCCGAAAGCUGGGACUUCAGAGCGACUACACGGGUCAGCCUAGGGCUUCUCAACAGGUCGUACCCAACGGAUCAUGUAUCGAGCAGUGCACAUUCUGGGCAUGGAUUAACGCAGUGGGCACGGUUUCGGCAAUACAUUCAACGCCUGAAUGCGAUUGACGAGGACAAACACUAUAAGCUUCUGUACCUGAUCCGCCAUGGCGAAGGACUUCACAACGUCAAAGAGAAGGAGUUUGGGCGUGCCGAGUGGGAUCGUUACUGGGCCAAGGUGCCUGGUGAUGGCAAAGUCGUCUGGGCUGAUGCAGAGCUGACAGCCAACGGGGAACAACAGGCACGUGAUAUCACGAAAGCUAGUCAAUGCCUGGAUGGAGACGCCAUAACAGCUGUACUGUCCAGUCCUCUGCGACGUUGUCUGCGCACCGUGCAGCUUGCUUUCCCACCAGAAGCCGCAAGCCAGAGGCCAAUCAUCAAAGAGAAAUUGCGCGAAAGGCUUGGUGUCCACACGUGCGACCAGAGAAGCACGGGAUCCUGGAUAGCCGAGAACUACCCUUUGUUCGAUAUCGAAGUUGGUUUCCAGGAAGAGGACGUUCUGUGGAGUCCUGAUCGCAGAGAGACCCUCAAGGAGCAUAUGACCAGGAGCACAGAGCUGCUAGACGAUGUGUUCAACGGCGAUUAUGGCGACUACGUUGUACUAGCCGCACAUUCUGGUACGAUCAUGUCGCUAUUUGCGGCAACGGGCUGGAAGCAGGUGCCUGUCGCAGCCGGGGCCGUCUAUCCUCUGCUCAUUUGUGCUGAGACGCAACGGCAAUGA